AUGCAGCGUCAGUCUGGCUCAGCUACAUUAACAUUAUCACCUACAGGUCACAGUGGCAACGAAGGAUUCUCAGAGCCCACCCCAGUAAGUCUGUUGAUUAUGCCUGCAGCUAUUCGAAAGGAUAGGCCUGCUCGUGUACCUACUCAGUUGGAGACUGGUAAGGAAUUGUGGGUUACGGUGGUUUGUAGAGCUAAUGUAGCCGUCAUCCCCUCCGCGGUGCCUCAGCGACCGACAGCCAAGCGUAUGCCGGCGGCAAAAAACGAAGAGAGCGCAUUAGACGCUGGUGGCACCAAUGCUUGGAGUAAGGCUUGGGCUGAGGGGUUAUCGGCAUUCCACAUGAACGCCUGCAGCCUAAGCAAUAAGUGGAGACAACUACGGGCCGAAGCCGUAGGAACAGACUCUAUUGUGAUUGUCGAGACGUGGCUACACAAGGCCAUCACAAGAGCCUGCAACUCACCGGAUACAGUGCAUACAGGUCUGACAGGGGAGAAGUGUGAUGUCAAGCACAUGUCCACGCCUAAUACCCAGGCAUGCUCUUGCAACAUACAAUCCCCGAACUGUAAAGUGACCGUAGUGGGUAUCUACAAGAAACCACUCUUAGAUGAGGAGGAGGGUGGCCAACUGUUCGAAUAUCUGACCAGGGUAAACAAUCACAUGGAGCGGAUCGUCAUCAUGGAAGAUUUCAACUCUCCGGAGCACAUGGCUCCGUUUGUCUUAGAGACAAAGGAGGUAGAAGCAACACUGAAACUGCUAGAUCAGAACAGGGCCGCGGGCCCGGAUGGGCUGCAUCCAGCAAUCCUGCAGCCCAUUGCUGACAUCAUUGCAGGUGCCAACGCUGCUGUCCGACUGAAUCACGGCAAAAUUGGUGCCAAUCCACAAGGUUGGGCCAAGGGCGAUGGCAUCGAAGUAUCAUCCAGUAAGCCUGCUUUCGGUAGUCCUGAAAACAUUCGAGCGUCUCCUUAG